UUUUUCCUUUCCCUUUCUCGUCGACCUGCAGCUGCUCUGUGUCCGUCUGUCUCCACAUGAAGAUAUCACUGACUCUUGGAUCCACGUGUUCAGUCACAUCCGGAUGUUGAACCUGCGUCCUUCUGCAUCUGGAACAUUUGGUUUCAUCAUUGAAUCACAAACCGUCAUAUGACGCUGUUUCAAACUCUGCUGCUUCCAGCGUUUGUCGUGUGACUGAUGUGGAUUCAGAAUGGAGGAGUGUGAGGACAGAGAGGAUGGAGCCCCUCCCACAAAGACCACCAGGACCCCUAUAGGACCUGGACCUGGAUUUGACAGACCCCCCAAACCACAGAGGAGAGACCCCCAUCUGGAACAUCCCACAUGGAUCAUUUUUAACAGUGGACACCGUGUCCACAGUGAGUCCUCCGUCCAGUCUGGAUCUGGUCCCAGUUGUGUGUCCAUGAAGAGUGACCAGUCCAAGGCAGAACCACUGACUUUUACGUCACAGUCACUGAUCCAACGUCCAGUCACAAACAGACAGAGAGUGGAGCAGCAGAGCUCAGAGGUUCCCAGUGGUCUACAGGAUCAGACUGAGCUGGACUCCAUAUUUAAGCUGCUGGAGGAGAACAUCUGCACUUUUGUCAAGAAUGAACUGAAGAAGUUCCACCAGGUUCUGAGUACAGAUUGCCCAGAAUGCUUAGAGAGUCUGAGUGAUGAGGAUGAAGAGCAGAGGAGGAGCUCAGAGGCUUUUCUGAAGAUCACACUGAACUUCCUGAGGAGGAUGAAGCAGGAGGAGCUGGCUGAGCGUCUGCACAGCAUUCAGCAGAAACUGAAACGUAACCUGCAGCAGAAGUUUGAGUGUGUGUUUGAGGGCAUUGCUGAAACAGGAAACCCCAAAACCCUCCUGAACCAGAUCUACACAGAGCUCUACAUCACAGAGGGAGGGGCUACAGAGGUCAACCAGGACCAUGAGGUCAGACAGAUUGAAACAGCAUCCAGGAAACCACACAGACCACCAACAACCAUCACAUGUGAAGACAUCUUUAAAACACCACCUGACAGAGAUCAACCAAUCAGAACAGUGCUGACAAAGGGCGUGGCCGGCAUCGGGAAAACAGUCUUAACACAGAAGUUCAGUCUGGACUGGGCUGAAGACAAAGCCAACCAGGACAUCCACUUCAUAUUUCCAUUCACCUUCAGAGAGCUGAAUGUGCUGAAACAGAAGAAGUUCAGCUUGGUGGAACUGGUUCAUCAAUUCUUCACUGAAACCAAAGAAGCAGGAAUCUGGAUCUUUGAAGACUUCCAGGUGACGUUCAUCUUAGACGGUCUGGAUGAGUGUCGACCUCCUCUGGACUUCAACAACACUCAGAUCCUGACUGAUGUGACAGAGUCCACCUCAGUGGAUGUGCUGCUGAUGAACCUCAUCAGGGGGAACCUGCUUCCCUCUGCUCACCUCUGGAUAACCACACGACCUGCAGCGGCCAAUCAGAUCCCUGCUCAGUGGGUCGACAUGGUGACAGAGGUCAGAGGGUUCACCGACCCCCAGAAGGAGGAGUACUUCAGCAAGAGGUUCACAGAUGAAGAACAGACCAACACAAUCAUCUCCCACAUCAAGAGGUCACGAAGCGUCCACAUCAUGUGUCACAUCCCAGUCUUCUGCUGGAUCACUGCUACAGUUCUGGAGGACGUGUUGAAGACCACAGACAGAAGACCACUGCCCAAGACCCUGACUGAGAUGUACAUCCACUUCCUGGUGGUUCAGGCCAAAGUCAAGAACAUCAAGUAUGAUGGAGGAUCUGACACAGAUCCACCCUGGAGUCCAGAGACCAGGAAGAUGAUUGAGUCUCUGGGAAAACUGGCCUUUGAGCAGCUGAAGAAAGGAAACCUGAUCUUCUAUGAAUCCGACCUGACAGAGUGUGGCAUCGAUAUCAGCUCAGCCUCAGUGUACUCAGGAGUGUUCACACAGGUCUUUAUAGAGGAGCGAGGACUGUACCAGGACAAGAGGUUCUGCUUCAUCCAUCUGAGUGUCCAGGAGUUUCUGGCUGCUCUUCAUGUCCAUCAGACCUUCACCAACACUGGAGUCAAUCUGCUGUCAGAAGAACAAACCACAUCCCAGAGAUCUGGAUCUGCACAGACACAGUUCUACCAGACCGCUGUGGACCAGGCCUUACAGAGUCCAAAUGGACACCUGGACCUGUUCCUCCGCUUCCUUCUGGGUCUAUCACUGCCGACCAAUCACAGUCUCCUACAAGGUCUGCUGACACAGACAGGAAGUAGCUCAGAGACCAAUCAGGAAAUAUCUAAGUACAUCAAGAAGAAGAUCAGUGAGAAUGUGUCUGCAGAGAGAAGCAUCAACCUGUUCCACUGUCUGAAUGAACUGAAGGACCAGACUCUAGUAGAAGAGAUCCAAAAUAAACUGAGUUCUGGACAUCUAGACACAGAUAAACUGUCUCCUGCUCAGUGGUCAGCUCUGGUCUUCAUUUUACUGUCAUCAGAUAAAGAUCUGGAUGUAUUUGACCUAAAGAAAUACUCAACUUCAGAGGAGGUUCUUCAAAAACUUCUGCCAGUGGUCAAAGCCUCCAACAAAGCUGUACUGAGUGGCUGUAACCUGUCAGACAGAAGCUGUGAAGGUCUGUCCUCAGUCCUCAGGUCCCAGUCCUCUAGUCUCAGACAUGUGGACCUCAGUAACAAUGACCUGAAGGAUUCAGGAGUGAAGAUACUGUCAGAUGGACUGAAGAGUCCAGGAUGCAGACUGGAAACCCUCAGACUGUCAGGAUGUCUGAUCACAGAGGAAGGAUGUUCUUCUCUGGUCUCAGCCCUAAAGUCCAAUCCGUCCCAUCUCAGACUGUUGGACGUGAGCUACAACCAUCCAGGAGACUCAGGACAGGAGCUGUCUGCUCUACUGGAGGAUCCACACUGGACACUGGACACUCUCAGGUUGGAGCCUGGUGGAGUCCGAUGGUUGAAACCAGGUCUGGGUCUGAGGAAGUAUUUCUGUGAACUCACCCUGGAUCCAAACACAGCGAACGGAGAACUCAAACUGUCUGAAAACAACAAGAAAGUAGAUCGAGUGUUUGAGGUUCAGUCAUAUCCUGAUCAUCAGGACAGAUUUGAGUGCCUUCCUCAGCUGAUGAGUUCAACUGGUCUGACUGUACCCUGUUACUGGGAGGUGGAGUGGAGUGGCACAGUUUGGAUAGCAGUGACUUACAGAGGAAUCAGAAGGAAAGGACAAAGUAUGGACUGUAGGUUUGGAGUCAAUGAUCAGUCCUGGAGUCUGGAGUGUCAUAAAGGUGGUUACGGUGUCAGUCAUAAUGGCAAAUACAUACCCCUCCCUCAGUCGUCACUGUCGUCAUUGUCCUCCUCCUCCUCCUCCUGGUCUGGUACAGUUUCAGUGUAUGUGGACUGUCCUGCUGGAUCUGUGUCCUUCUACAGAGUCUCCUCUGACAAACUGAUCCACCUCUACACCUUCAACACCACAUUCACUGAACCAGUGUUUGGAGGAUUUAGACUCUGUGGAAAUAAGUCCUCAGCGUCUCUGUGUGUUUGCAGAUUUGUCAGAAUGGAUCAGUGUGAGGACAGAAGAGCCCCUCCCUGCAAGACCACCGACAGGACCCCCACAGGACCUGGACCUGACAGGACCCCUACGGGACCUGGACCUGAUAGUCAACCCAAAGCUCUGAGCUCAGAACAAAAACCACUGACAACAAUGUUCACAGACCUGAACCGGGACCUGGACCUGGACCUGGACUUGGACCUGGACCUGAGCAUGAAGCUGGACCUAAACCUGGGCCUGGACCUGGACCUGAACAUGAACAUGAACCUGGACCUAAACAUGAAGCUGGACCUGGACCUCCAUCCAGUUGUGUGUCCUACAGCAGUGACCAUUCCAAACAAGGUUAAAUUUAUUUUAAACAUGAUCGUCCAUCAGACUCAGUUGCCCGCAGUCUCACCGCCCAAUAAGAGCCACCGAGAGCCAGUCCGGCGCUUCGGGUCUCGCUGGUACCUGGGCGCGAGGGUCUCACCAUUCCUGGGCGCGGGGGUCUCACUGGUGCCCAGGCUGCAACAGUGUCGCCAUUCCCAGGCCCAGGCUGCUGUCUCACCCAGUGAGCCACCAGGUGAAGAGACCAUGCUGCUGGAGGAGAACAUCUGCACUUUUGUCAAGAAUGAACUGAAGAAGUUCCACCAGGUUCUGAGUACAGAUUGCCCAGAAUGCUUAGAGAGUCUGAGUGAUAAAGAUGAAGAGCAGAGGAGGAGCUCAGAGGCUUUUCUGAAGAUCACACUGAACUUCCUGAGGAGGAUGAAGCAGGAGGAGCUGGCUGAGCGUCUGCAGAGCAGAAGUCAGGCUGGAGUUCAGCAGAAACUGAAACAUAACCUGCAGCAGAAGUUUGAGUGUGUGUUUGAGGGCAUCGCUAAAGCAGGAAACCCCAAAACCCUCCUGAACCAGAUCUACACAGAGCUCUACAUCACAGAGGGAGGGGCUACAGAGGUCAACCAGGACCAUGAGGUCAGACAGAUUGAAACAGCAUCCAGGAAACCACACAGACAACCAACAACCAUCACAUGUGAAGACAUCUUUAGAAGACCACCUGAAAGAGAUCAACCAAUCAGAACAGUGCUGACAAAGGGCGUGGCCGGCAUCGGGAAAACAGUCUUAACACAGAAGUUCAGUCUGGACUGGGCUGAAGACAAAGCCAACCAGGACAUCCACUUCAUAUUUCCAUUCACCUUCAGAGAGCUGAAUGUGCUGAAACAGAAGAAGUUCAGCUUGGUGGAACUGGUUCAUCACUUCUUCACUGAAACCAAAGAAACAGGAAUCUGGAUCGUUGAAGACUUCCAGGUGGUGUUCAUCUUGGACGGUCUGGAUGAGUGUCGACCUCCUCUGGACUUCAAGAACACUCAGAUCCUGACUGAUGUGACUGAGUCCACCUCAGUGGAUGUGCUGCUGAUGAACCUCAUCAGGGGGAACCUGCUUCCCUCUGCUCACCUCUGGAUAACCACACGACCUGCAGCGGCCAAUCAGAUCCCUGCUCAGUGGGUCGACAUGGUGACAGAGGUCAGAGGGUUCACUGACCCCCAGAAGGAGGUGUACUUCAGGAAGAGGUUCACAGAUGAAGAACAGACCAACAUAAUCAUCUCCCACAUCAAGAGGUCACGAAGUGUCCACAUCAUGUGUCACAUCCCAGUCUUCUGCUGGAUCACUGCUACAGUUCUGGAGGACGUGUUGAAGACCACAGACAGAAGACAACUGCCCAAGACCCUGACUGAGAUGUACAUCCACUUCCUGGUGGUUCAGGCCAAAGUCAAGAACAUCAAGUAUGAUAGAAGAUCUGACACAGAUCCACACUGGAGUCCAGAGACCAGGAAGAUGAUUGAGUCUCUGGGAAAACUGGCCUUUGAGCAGCUGAAGAAAGGAAACCUGAUCUUCUAUGAAUCCGACCUGACAGAGUGUGGCAUCGAUAUCAGCUCAGCCUCAGUGUACUCAGGAGUGUUCACACAGGUCUUUAUAGAGGAGAGUGGACUGUACCAGGACAAGAGGUUCUGCUUCAUCCAUCUGAGUGUCCAGGAGUUUGUGUCUGCUCUUCAUGUCCAUCAGACCUUCACCAACACUGGAGUCAAUCUGCUGUCAGAAGAACAAACCACAUCCCAGAGGUCUGGAUCUGCACAGACACAGUUCUACCAGACCGCUGUGGACCAGGCCUUACAGAGUCCAAAUGGACACCUUGACCUGUUCCUCCGCUUCCUCCUGGGUCUAUCACUGCCGACCAAUCAGAGUCUCCUACAAGGUCUGCUGACACAGACAGGAAGUAGCUCAGAGACCAAUCAGGAAAUAUCUAAGUACAUCAAGAAGAAGAUCAGUGAGAAUGUGUCUGCAGAGAGAAGCAUCAACCUGUUCCACUGUCUGAAUGAACUGAAGGACCAGACUCUAGUAGAAGAGAUCCAAAAUAAACUGAGUUCUGGACAUCUAGACACAGAUAAACUGUCUCCUGCUCAGUGGUCAGCUCUGGCCUUCAUUUUACUGUCAUCAGAUAAAGAUCUGGAUGUAUUUGACCUAAAGAAAUACUCAACUUCAGAGGAGGUUCUUCAGAAACUUCUGCCAGUGGUCAAAGCCUCCAACAAAGCUGUGUGAGUAGAAAGAUAGUUCCAUUCAUUGAAUAGCAAUUUAAUGUAAUGUCAUAUUUGUAAAGGUACUAACAUGGUUUUAUCUCUCUGCAGACUGAGUGGCUGUAACCUGUCAGACAGAAGCUGUGAAGGUCUGUCCUCAGUCCUCAGGUCCCAGUCCUCUAGUCUCAGACAUGUGGACCUCAGUAACAAUGACCUGAAGGAUUCAGGAGUGAAGAUACUGUCAGAUGGACUGAAGAGUCCAGGAUGCAGACUGGAGACCCUCAGACUGUCAGGAUGUCUGAUCACAGAAGAAGGAUGUUCUUCUCUGGUCUCAGCCCUAAAGUCCAAUCCAUCCCAUCUCAGACUGUUGGACGUGAGCUACAACCAUCCAGGAGACUCAGGACAGGAACUGUCUGCUCUGCUGGAGGAUCCACACUGGACACUCACCAUGACUGGGCGGCCAUGGCUCAGAUGGUUGGAGCCUGGUGGAGUCCGAUGGUUGAAACCAGGUCUGGGUCUGAGGAAGUAUUUCUGUGAACUCACCCUGGAUCCAAACACGGCGAACGGAGAACUCAAACUGUCUGAAAACAACAAGAAGGUGGAACUAGUGGAUGAGGUUCAGUCAUAUCCUGAUCAUCAGGACAGAUUUGAGUUCCAUCCUCAGCUGAUGAGUUCAACUGGUCUGAGUGGUCGCUGUUACUGGGAGGUGGAGUUGAGUGGAACGGUCUGGAUAUCAGUGACUUACAGAGGAAUCAGAAGGAAAGGAGACAGUAAAGACUGUUGGUUUGGAUUCAAUGAUCAGUCCUGGAGUCUGAGCUGUAAUAAAGGGGGUUACGGUGUCUGUCAUAAUGACAAAUACACAGUCCUCCCUCAGUCCUUCUCCUCCUCUUCCUCUGGUACAGUUUCAGUGUAUGUGGACUGUCCUGCUGGAUCUGUGUCCUUCUACAGAGUCUCCUCUGACAAACUGAUCCACCUCCACACCUUCAACACCACAUUCACUGAACCAGUGUUUGGAGGAUUUAGACUCUGUGGAAAGAAGUCCUCAGCGUCUCUGUGUGAAGUGUAGUUGUGUUUGUGUAUUGUAGUUGUGUUUGUGUAGUUGUGUAUUUGUAGUUGGGCCUAGUCACGCAGCCUGUUUUCAACUUUUCCAUCUAUUUGGCCUCAUAACUUUUGAACAAAUUGCACUAACCUUUUGCAAAUUACAUCACUGGAAAGGUAAGAAAUAGACCUUUAAGACAUUUGAUAUGGAUAAAUAUGUCAGAUUAAUUUUUGUCAGUGGAAAUAGGGAAAAACUUAAAAGUGACAGACUCACAAAAAACCACAGGCAAUUUUGACACCAAAAAGUAAAUGGUCAUAACAUGUUGUGCCUAGGUGAUAUUUUCUUGCUGAAUACAUAGAAAUGUUUCAAAAUAUAGUUUAUAAUGCAAUAGUUUUGGUUUUGAAACUCUGAAAUUUUUAUUACCAGAGUUAUGAAAAAAAAAUCUGAAGCAAAAGUCAAGCGACAGACUCACAAAACUGGGUCACUGGGCAAUCCUUAUGUAAAAUGUGGAGGUCUCACUCAGUAAAUGUAUUGCAUUUAUGUCACCAAUUAUUUAACCACAAAAUAACAAAUACAUAAAUAUAAAAAAUAAUAUUGUAUUACUUAAAAAAAAAAAAAAAAAGUAAAUAAUAUGUAAGAUUGA